AAACACACGUUUCUCAUUACAGACACGGACUGCAACAGCUCCACUCGUUCAUAAUUCGCACUAUUCAUUCAUUACACCAUCCACACAAAGUCACAAACAACUGAAUAAACAAAAAAAAAACUCAAAACAUGUUACUCCUUCCCUCACCAUUACUCCACUACUUUCCCGCCAAUUUCAAGUCCAAUUUUCUCCCAAAACACUCGAAAUCCUUCACAAUCUCUCUCCGCCCACCGCUCUUUUCCGUCUCCGCCGCCGGACGUGAGGUGGACACGUUCACCGAGAAAUCCGGAUACCUAUUCAAGCUCAGCGCCAGCGAGGUUGAGUCUCUCGCCGAAUAUGAUCCCAAAAAGAUCGCUGCAAUUUAUAGGAGGAAGCCUUUGGUUCUGGUUCGCCGGCUCUUCCAGAUUGGCACCACAUUUGGGAGAUGGUUUGGGCAGCGAUACAUCGAUAACCUCAUGGAGAAAUCGGAGGAGAUGUUUGAGAUAAGAGCUGCGGAGCUUCGAAGAAUAUUAGUAGAACUUGGCCCGGCAUACAUCAAAAUUGCUCAGGCUGUUUCUUCGCGACCAGACUUGAUACCACCAUCGUAUUUGGAUGAACUUUCACUGCUGCAAGAUCGAAUUACCCCAUUUUCUACAGAAGUUGCUUUAAAUAUGAUAGAAAGAGAACUUGGAUUGCCCGUGGAUAAGCUUUUCUCAGAAAUUUCACCAGAGCCUGUUGCUGCAGCAUCUCUUGGUCAGGUUUAUCAAGCUAAGCUCCACAGUAGUGGGCAGAUUGUUGCUGUUAAAGUGCAGAGGCCUGGUGUACAAGCAGCGAUUGCUUUAGACAUAUUGAUCUUGCGUUUUAUAGCAGGAGUGAUUAAGAAAGCAAGAAAAUUUAACACUGAUCUUCAGGCAGUCGUUGAUGAAUGGGCAUCAAGUCUAUUUCGGGAGAUGGACUAUAAGAAAGAAGCAAAUAAUGGACGCAAAUUUAGAGAGCUCUAUGGUGGCAUCCAAGAUGUUUUGGUUCCAGAAAUGUAUGCAGAGUUGACCACUCGUAGGGUUCUUGUCAUGGAAUGGGUUGAGGGGCAAAAGCUAUCUGAAGUGAAAGACCUUUACUUGGUUGAGAUUGGAGUUUACUGCUCAUUCAACCAACUUUUGGAGAACGGGUUCUAUCAUGCUGAUCCACACCCUGGAAACUUCCUUCGCACAUAUGAUGGGAAACUAGCUUAUUUAGAUUUUGGAAUGAUGGGUGAAUUUAAACAAGAGCUUCGUGAUGGAUUUAUAGAAGCUUGUCUCCAUCUUGUGAAUCGUGAUUUUGAUGCCCUGGCUAAGGACUUUGUUACUCUUGGGCUUCUUCCACCAACUGCGGACAAGGAAGCCGUUACAAAAUCUUUGACAGGCAUCUUUCAAGAUGCUGUUGCCAAAGGAGUAAGCAAUAUAAGCUUUGGGGAUCUUUUGGGAAACUUGGGAGCUACCAUGUACAAGUUCAAGUUCCAGAUACCUUCAUAUUUUUCUCUGGUCAUUCGAAGUCUCGCAGUAUUGGAGGGAAUUGCUAUAAGUUUUAACCCCAACUACAAAGUUUUGGGUAGCACAUACCCAUGGAUUGCCAGAAAAGUACUUACUGAUCAUUCGCCUAAGCUUAGGUCUUCUUUACAAACUCUUCUCUAUAAGGAAGGUGCUUUCAGAAUCGAUCGUCUUGAGUCACUACUAACAGAGUCUGCUCGUGCCCGGGUGGAGAGGGCCUUGGUUGAAACCCAGAGGAAAAGCACUGAUUCCAAGGUGAUUAUCAAGCAAAUCGUAAACUUCACGCUAACUGAACAGGGUAGCAUUGUGAGGGAAAUUCUUCUUGAAGAAUUGGCCAAGGGUUUGGAUGCGUUAGGGGUAGCAACUCUGGAUUCUGUAACUUCUGCUGCCUUUACAAGUAUACCCUUUGCUGCUUCAUUUUCAUCGCCUUCAAUGACUGAGGAAGACAGAAUCAAUUUGAGAACCUUCCGUCAUCUUAUGCUGUUGUUUUCAGGGUUCCCUUCUGGAAGAGCUGCAGCGGAAGUCAAAGGAGAUCGCUCCUAUAGGAAUCCCGAAAAAUACACAGAGGAAGCCUCAUUGACCUUUUAUCUUCAAUCAGUUCAGGAGAUUAUACCCAUACUUUCUGUUAUUCCCGAGCUCCCUCCACAAUCGCAAGAGCAACUGCUUCGUUUGCCAACGGAUCUGGCUGGAAGAUUAGUUUCCCGUGCCACUGCCAGGACAAUCCGGAGAAUGUUCCUUUGAUGUGUCAAUUAAUGUUGGAGCAGGCUUUUGAGGUAAUGAUUCUUCUCUGAUGGAAAGUUUACUGAAUUAAUAGUCCACAUGAAAGAUUCUUAAUGAGGGGGAAGCAACGAGUUGGUUCAGCAUGUGCAAAGAAGUACCCAAGUAUGGUUGAACUUUUUGGUACAUCGUCACGUAGUGUAUCGCUAUGUCUAACAUUUUCGAUUGUAAAUUUAUAUCUAGCUGCAUAGUCAGGUAGGUGGAAGAGGAAACAUAAAGACUCAAAAAUAUGGCUGUAAAAGUUGAGGUACUCAGACAAUUUUUGGCAGAGAAUUUUACUGGUUUCUAUUAUUAAAGAUUUUU